AAAGAAUAAAGAAAAAAAAAAAAAGAAAAAAAAAAACACCAGGGGAAUCUCACUCCACUCCUACUGUCCCUGUUAUCGCUACCUCUCUUUUUACCCACUUUCUUGAAUCUGGACCGAAGAAUGAUGAACCUUCAGAAGACCAGAUCAGGAUCAACAGCAAUGACCUGGUGGGCCUGUCUGUCCCUCGCCGCAGCCCUCGGCCUGGUUCAGGGACAAUCCCCUACGACUACAGCGGUCUCUUCGACGCCAACGAUUACACCGCCGACCGCAACGACGACGCUAACACCGAGCCCAACGACAACGACGACGACCACAACCACAAUUUCCGUCACCACUGUAUCCCCGACUUCUCCCAUCACCGUCACCACCAUACCCUCCGCAACGACCCCUUCCUUCACCACCACAGCAAUCUCCUCCGACCCCCUGCCUCCACCUACCACUGCAUCAACCCUUCCCCCAACGACCUCCACCCUAUCAACGACCUUCAGUCCAACACCCACCAUCGGCACAAGCAGAGCCUCUACCUCGUCCAAUGUCCCUGUCAUUGUCGGUUCCGUCGCAGGAAUAAUUGCCGUUAUCAUCAUCGUCGCCACGACCAUCAUCUGCUUCCGCCGCAGGAGACGCAACAACCGCGAGCUGACCUUCGACCCCCUUCAGGGGAUUGGCGCCUCGGGCGCAGCCUCACGCCAACGUGCCAGUCAGCGUUACACUACCAACAAUACCGGACCUGCCACUGUCGGCAUGGCCAACAUAGCCUCAGGCGGAUAUGACGACGGAUACGACUAUGGUGCCCAGUCCAAUGUCGUUGCCUCUCAGGCCUACGGCAACGGCCAUGGAGUCUAUCCCGACAAUGGCUAUGACACCUACGGCGCCCAUCAACAGGCCUACCAGAACCCGUCCAUUUUCCAGGAGGACUCCCUUGCCUACGCAGGCGCUAUGGGUAGGAGCCGCGCAGGCUAUGAUCAAAACCUACCCGAGAUCAUGUAUAGGAAUGGCGACGAUUUGGGCACCGCCGGCGAUACUACUGGAUACUACGACGAUAACAUGUACAACCAACAGGCGGGAUGGAACCAGAGCAUGAGCGGCGGAUACAUCGGACCCAAGGGUCUCUGGAUUGCCAACCCUACAGCCCCAUACCAGCAGGAGUACCAGCAGGAAUACCAUCCAGAGCAACAGACCGACAUUGAACUCCAUGAGCAUCAGUCAGCGCCGGUACCCAUGUCUUAUGAAAAGAACUCGAUCAAUCAAUACGACAACUCUUCAGAUACCGUCGUGGACUCUGCCAGCAGUCCCUCAAGCAAGUUUCGUGGCCACAAUCCCCAGGCUCUACCGGAAUCUCCACGUUCGCAGCAGUUGAGAGGCGGCGAUCUCUUUGGAGAGGAUGCGAACGCUGCUCCAUCUUCGCCUCGUACAACGGCUGCUGCGGCAGGAUUACCAGCUCCAGGAAACCCACAGGAUACCACGAGGGCUGCCACGCCGCCAUUGAAUUCAAGUCCUCGGUUGAUGAGCAGAGGAGAUAUGCGAAGCUUUGAGAUGGCAAGACAUUCGCCCACAAGAUCCUCAGGAGAAGGAGUGCAGAGUUAUGCAAACGACUAUGUAGGGGGGCGUCCUUCAGUCUCAGAUCGACCUUCGCUUGACAGUGGAUCCAACUUGAACCCUGGCAAGAGUUUGCGGACACAGCGUCGAGAAGACUGGUCAUAAACGGAGCAGCGAUGUUCUUACGAUCAUUCUCAGUGCCUUCUUUUUUUUUUUUUUUUAACCUUUUCACUAUAUCUAGUACCCCUGACAAUAAUUCUUAGUUAUCAUGGUUCAUCCACCAUGCUCUUCUUCUCUCUCCAUUUUGUUUCGAAGCAUUUUCUCACGUAGAAGACAAAUGUGUGAGCGACAAAGGAAAAGAAAAGGACGAUGCACCCUAUGACUCUUCAGUUCUUUACGAUACCAGUGAUAUGACGACCUGGCCUGCCUUGAUGGCAGGUUCACAGGAUAUGAUUCUUUCAUGAUGGACAGCUCUGUGAGCUGGCCCAAGCCCAAAAACCCCCCCCCCCCCAAUAAAAUCCACUUUCCUGGACUGGGCCUGAU